UUUCGAGGUUUUGUGAACUGUGAGCCGUGGACAUGUCUCCCCAGUUCAGUCCUUUGAGCAUGCUUCCGAGGUUGAUGGUGGGGUACCAUCGUGAUGGCCAGGUUCUGAAAACAUGUUCAGGUAUCAGGCCAUUGAACAACGCCGGCGCCAACAAAAGCAGGGUGGUGCCGCCCACGGGCGAUGAUUGAGUGCGAUC